UAAAACGAAAAUAAAGAAAAACAGUGUAGAAAUCUGAAAAUGAGUUUCCCUCCGAAGGGGACGCGUUCGUUAUAGUUCAAAGAAAGGGCGAGAAGAGCAACGAAGGAAAGGGAAGAAACGCUUGAAUUAAAGCUUGAUUUAUAUCCAUUUAUUCAACAGUGAAUCCAUUGGCAAUUGGGAAAGAAAUUACUGUUGAGGCUUUGUGUUCUUUUGGCUUUUCUACUAAGCUUGAUUUCCAUUUCUGUUUUGUUUUGAUUCCAAUGCAAAACCCUCCUCUUCAAUCUAUCGAAUCUUCUUAACAUAUUCAGAAGAUGAAGAUGAUGAUGCUUCCAUGUAUGUAGACACUGCUACAAUUCACCUUCUGAGGAGAGACAGAAAGGUUGUUUGGUUUAGAUUUGGACGAAGAAAUGGACACGGGUAAGAAGAAAGAAGUAAUUCGAUUGGAAAGGGAAUCUGUAAUUCCAAUUCUCAAGCCUAAGCUCAUUAUGACAUUGGUCAAUCUCAUUGAACUUAGUUCUGACCGUGCUGAAUUUCUAAAGCUCUGCAAGAGAGUUGAGUACACAAUUCGUGCUUGGUACCUUCUGCAGUUUGAAGAUUUGAUGCAACUAUAUUCCCUCUUUGACCCGGUAACUGGGGCUCAGAAAUUGGAACAGCAGAAACUAUCUCCUGAAGAAAUUGAUGUACUUGAACAGAAUUUCCUAAUACACUUAUUUCAGGUUAUGGAUAAGAGCAACUUUAAGAUAACAACUGAGGAGGAGAUUGAUGUUGCACUCUCAGGGCAAUACCUUUUAAACCUUCCCAUCAAAGUAGAUGAAUCCAAGCUUGACAAAGAGCUUUUGAAGAAGUAUUUUGCUGAGCAUCCUCAUGAAGAUCUUCCAGACUUUGUUGAUAAGUUUGUUGUCUUUCGACGUGGGAUUGGAAUUGAUCGGACAACUGAUUAUUUUGCUUUGGAGAAAGUGGACAUGCUCAUUGCACGGUUUUGGGCAUUUCUUUUGAGAGUGACUCGGAUAGAAAAACUUUUGCAUAGAAAAUUGAGGAGACGGCGUAAACAAGAUCCAAAGAAGGAUGAUGAAACUAACUCAGAAGCAGCUCAGGAUGACUUGUGUGUUGAACGAAUUCGUUUGGAGAAUAUGGAACUAAGUAUUAGGAAUUUGCUAGGCAGUAAUACAAUCCAAGAACCUACAUUUGAUAGGAUAAUCGUUGUUUACAGGCGAGCAAGUACCAAGUCGAAAAAAGAACGAGGAAUAUAUGUGAAGCAUUUCAAAAAUAUUCCAAUGGCUGAUAUGGAAAUAGUUCUUCCGGAAAAGAAAAAUCCUGGGUUAACUCCAAUGGAUUGGGUCAAAUUCUUGGGUUCUGCUAUAGUUGGACUGGUUGCUGUGAUUAGUUCAGUUGAAAUGCCUAAGGCUGAUCUUUGGGUCAUCUUUGCUAUACUUUCCACUGUGAUUGGUUACUUUGCUAAGACAUACUUCACGUUUGAGCAAAACUUGGCUGCAUAUCAGAACUUAAUUACACAGUCCAUGUAUGACAAACAGUUAGAUAGUGGAAGGGGCACUCUUCUUCACCUGUGUGAUGAUGUGAUUCAACAGGAAGUCAAAGAGGUUCUUAUCUUAUUUUUCAUAUUGAUGGAACAGGGCAAGGCUACUCUGCAGGAUUUGGAUCUGCGAUGUGAGGAAUUAAUCCAAGAAGAGUUUGGAGAGAGAUGUAAUUUUGAUGUGAAUGAUGCAGUUCAUAAGUUAGAGAGGUUCGGCAUUGUUUCUCGGGAUACUAUUGGACGGUAUUAUUGUGUUAGCCUAAAACGUGCGAAUGAGAUUAUCGGCACCACUACAGAAGAGCUUGUCCUCAAGGCAAAACAGGGUAUUAGCACUUGAUGUUCUCUGGAAGGUUAGCUAGCUUCUUGUAUAUCAUUACUACUUUCCAGGUGUAUUACCUUCAGCCUGUGAGCACCUCUAAAUAUCUGCCACGAUGGUUUACCUGAUUGCUUCUUUAUUCUGUUUUCUAUUUCAAUAAUCAAUUGUUAAUAUUGUAAAUGAAGAAAGCAUAUGAGAAGUGACUUUGCGGCUUCGUUUAGUGUAAUCUCAUGUGCUGAUUUUUAUUGUUGAAUCUGAUUCAUUUGAAAUCGGAUGAAUGAACAGUUUAAGUUAUGCGAGA